UUCUUUGCUUGACCCUGCGGGCGUACGCCCUCUUGAAGGCGGAGUACCUGAGGUCUUCCGCUUUCAGUUCUUCGUCCCGAAGGGCCUCCUGGAGUUUCCUGUCGUUGAUGUCCUGGAUUUCCUGACGAGCCUUCUCUCGUGUUGCUGGUGUUUCUCGUGGAGUUGGUCAGAGAGUUCAAUGUCCUUCCGAACAUCAACCAAGUUAGCCCAGGCCGUUUUCCUACGUCUGGCAAGCUCAACGCAUCUGCAUAGAAUAAGAUGCUUUAGUUUUCAAGAUAAAAUUCGACACGUACAAGGUUCGUCUUCCAACUAUGCGAAGCACUGAGAGCGUAAUUCUCCAUCUCGAGUCUUUAGAAAGGCAACACCAACGCUGAUAAUAAACAUUGUACGAGGAGAAUAACACCAAGGAAGAGGUGGGAAGGAGAACGAAGAUCUCCAGGGAUAUUUAGAAGAUUUUAGACGACUCCUGUAGGGCGGGAGUACAAACAUGGCUACCUUAGAUACAGUCGAGUCAGCUAAUUUUCUUUACCCUCAGCAGGAGGCACCACCGACCUCGAACUGGGUCCAGGAGAUAGCACAGAAGUUCUGGGAGAGCCAGGACCUGCAGAGUAACCGAAGGAUUCCCCUGUCCAAGGUCAAGCGGGCCCUCCUGGAGACGGAGAAGGGGGACAGGAUGCCCAAUUCUCUAGUCGUGAGGCUCCUGAUGAAGGCAGACCUGAAUAAUGACGGGUAUAUCGACUACGAGGAGUACAUGACGUUUGCGCAGGCAGCGUCCAGGUACCCGAGGAGAAGGGACACCUUCAGUAGGAUGACCAUGACCUUCGUCCCUCGCAACGAGAGGACAGUUGCUAAGAGGUACUACCUCCAGAUGUAUUCCUGCUGCCCGCCUCCCCUCUUCAUGAUUCUCGUGUCCCUGAUGGAGAUAGGCGCAUUCAUUUACUACAAGGUCGACAUGGUCAAUACAAGCAGUCCACUACAGUCAGUGCCUCUUUACUCGCCUUUGAUCUUCAGUCCCUUCAGACGCUACGAGGCUUGGCGCUAUGUCACGUACGCGUUGUUGCAUAGCGGGUACGUGCACCUCUUCGGAAACCUGCUCGUGCAACUAGUCCUAGGUAUCGCCCUGGAGAUUUUCCACGGGUGGUGGCGGGUGGGAAUCAUCUACUUCACAGGGAUCCUCUUCGGCUCCUUGGCGCAGUCCAUUAUGCACCCGGAGAUAUUCGUCCUCGGGGCGUCGGGUGGAGUUUUUGCGGUAGAAUACGCCCAUAUUGGAAAUCUUCUAUUGAACUGGUCACAGAUGGAGUUUAGGUGGGUUCAGUUGAUCAUCAUCCUCGUCCUGAGCACGAUGGAUUUGUCACUGGCAAUACACGACAGAUACUUCAGUUCGACACCUUCAAACACCGGUCACAUGGGACACCUGGGAGGCGCCAUCGCCGGCGUAACGGUCGGCAUCUACGUCCUGAGGAAUUUCAAAAUCGAGAAGUGGGAGAGGUACUGCUGGUGGGUGGCGCUCUCCGUCUUCGUCGUCUUGCUGGUCGCUGGCAUCACCCUCAGCGCAGCUCUGCCUGUGCCGGAAUAUUUCCCAAAAGACGACCUCUCUCCCGUGGGUCAAGCGAGAAUCGAUUACUUGAACGGCAGAUACGAGUGGUUGACCAAACCGAAGUAACUGGCGCAUGGACGAGUGGCUGAUUGAACCGGAGUAGUUUUGGGGCAUGAUAGACCCAAUGGUAUGGUGGUCGGUUUAGGUUAAGCUGGUUUUGUGUCAGCAAAAGACCUUGAGCAGUGUUUCAAAAUCAUUAAACUUCCCAAACCAACAGAGUCAUAACAAAAUCGGCCUUGAGAUUCUGAAAUGCCUGAUUCACAGAGUGAUUAUAUUAUAAUUCGUCCCAAGAAAACGUCGACUUCGCGUACUCUGGUCCGCUGGUGAAGAUACGUAGUACCACCUCUGCAUCUAUCCUGGUAUAAGUUUAGAUGAAAGUGACCCGUCCUGAGGUAAUUUGAAAUACGCCUUGAUAACUGGGAAUAACGCAUAAUAUCUUCGGAAAACAAUUGUAAUCUGUUCAGUUCGGAUUCUUUUGUCUAAUUUUUUUUUCGAUGUUGUUGCUCAGGUAUGAAAAGCAGUGUUCGAUUGAAGUGGUUGGUUUAUGGUGCUGACGAGUAUCGCUAUCGUAUUUGAUAUUAUCUAUAGUGUAUUUUUUCAACCAAUCACCUAAAACAGAACUGUUUAUAUAUUAUUUUUAUUAUUAUUACAGAUGUAAGCGUUUAUACACGUACGUACAAGAGAUAGAACAAUCUUUGUAAAAAGAUAUUUUCCAGUGAAUAAUGCGAACAUUGUGCUUUCCAGUGAGAGAGAUUGUCGGGGCAAUGGAGUGGAAUAGACUUACUAUUCUAAAUGAAUUAUCUGUGAUACUAGAGAACAUUUUAUAUAGUUGGUUACUUAGAAUUUAAGCCAUUGCAUCACACAACGUUGUUCAAGAGUUUUGUUAUUGUUUCUACGGAACAAUAAUUUUUUAUAAUGUUACAAUAAAGCAAAUAUUCUAUAA